CUCGGACGCGUCAGCAGCGAUAUUUCCUGUUUACCAUUCCUGGGAUUUGAUUCAAGAGGUUUAAUCUGUGACAUUUCAACUGAAAAAGAGCCCCAUCCAGACUACGUCCUCCAGAGGUGACGGCACGUUGUGAGAUCUCAACAUGAACUGGGCAUUCCUCCAGGGCCUCAUCAGCGGAGUGAACAAAUACUCCACAGCCUUCGGCCGCGUCUGGCUCUCUAUUGUUUUCCUCUUCAGGGUGAUGGUGUUUGUGGUGGCUGCCGAGAAGGUAUGGGGCGACGAGCAGAAGGACUUCAAGUGCAACACGGCUCAGCCAGGCUGCCACAACGUCUGCUACGACUACUUCUUCCCCGUGUCCCAUGUGCGGCUGUGGGCCCUGCAGCUCAUCUUUGUCACCUGUCCCUCACUCCUGGUGGUGAUGCACGUAGCAUACAGAGAAGACCGGGAACGGAAAAACCGCCUCAAGCACGGGGAGAACUGCCACCGCCUCUACCAGAACACCGGUAAGAAACGUGGAGGUCUGUGGUGGACCUAUGUUCUCACCCUGAUCUUCAAAAUCGCCGUGGAUGCCACCUUUGUCUACUUGCUGUACUAUAUGUACGAGGGCUACGACUUUCCCUCGCUCAUCAAGUGUGAACAGAAGCCAUGUCCAAAUAAGGUGGACUGCUUCAUCGCGAGGCCGACCGAGAAAAGAAUCUUCACUAUCUUCAUGGUGGUCACCAGCCUGGCCUGCAUCCUCCUCUCCUUGUUUGAGAUCCUCUACUUGGUGGGCAAGCGCUGCUUCGAGUGCUUUACCACCAUCCAUCACUCACCACAGAUGAUGACUACAGCCAUGACCAAUUCAGUGCCCAAUGGCAAGACUGUGAAUCUGGUAGAGUCAAGCACUCUAAGACUGGCAAGCAAAAAUACCCCUGAAACCCCUGCACCCUCAUACAGUGUCGCCAUAUCUUGAGACACUGACAAGGACAAGGACUUGACAGGGUUAAAGAGAAGUAAAAGGAAGGGAUCUGUCCCAAUGAGGACGGUGCUUCCUCUCUCCACUUCCCUUGACAUGCAAACAUGAGACAUUCAUCCGAUCAAAUCCUGCAAACUGGAACGGGGAUAGCUGGCUACUAUUGGUGUGUUAUAGUGUCCACUACCAAAGGAUUUGAUAUUGUGACCUAUCUGGCACAAGUCUCUUGAAAUAAGUUUUCAUAUAUUUGCCAUAUCUUGCAUCAUUAGCACGCAAUGGGAUCGGUAGUGUUUGCUUAACAUCCUGAAUUGUUGAUUUUUUAUUUGUAUUUUUUACAAAUGAAGUUCUGUUACUUUGGCAAAAAGGCAAGUCAGUGUGAUACAAUAUCUGAAUGGCCCGAUAGUCUGAUUACAAUAGAGCCAAAUAAAUGAGUCAGAUGGAAUGAAACAGCCAUCAUUUGAAGAGGGUGGUUGUACAAAGUUAAAUGUUUUUAGUGUCACAUUUCCUUUGUUUGCUGCCGCACCUAUAAAUAUCAAUUUUUUUUUAUUCCAAAAGGUUAAAACUUAAUGAUUGAGUUAAAACUAUGGGGUUUUCUUCUCAUGACAUGGUUUUUCUUAUUUAAUGCCAAAUGCUGCUGAGUUUUGAGUCUUUUUAUGAUCUAUAAUUGAAGCUUUAACGAUUGUUUGGUUCAGUUUGACUUUUUUUGUGCUAUGCUUAAUGCCUGAUGUUCAAAAUGUUUGUUACUCCGAGUAAAAAAAACAAGUUGAUUAUGUAGUUCGGAAAACACAGUUAGUUUAUAUACAAGAACACGUGUGUGUAUAAUGUCUGUAAACAGGAAGGUGCAGCGUGGCUGCACAAUUUGUUAAGGUUAUCGGUCAUUAAAGAAUACUA